AUGGAGCUGAGUGGAGUGGCCGUGGCCCUGGGGCCCGCCGGCCAGCUCCUUUUACUCCUGUGCUUCAGGACCCUGGCCGCCCAGACUGCAGACACCUGUCCAGGGGACCUACACAGACCUCUUCCAGUUCAGGAAUUCUAUGGUCAAAAGUCCAAGCCAAGGGCCCAGGUCGAGGUCGCCGCAUGGCAGAUCCCCGUGGCUCGGGUGGCCUGUUGCGGGCUCUGCAGGGCUCUCAGGCCCAGGACGAGCGCCCGGACUGGCGCUCUGUGUCUCUCUGCAGAGGUGAAGCUGGUAGGUCUGGAGGGCUCCGACAAGCUCUCCAUCCUCCGAGGCUGCCCGGGGCUGCCUGGACCCGCAGGGCCCAAAGGAGAGGCAGGCGCCAAUGGACAGAAGGGAGAGCGAGGUUCUCCCGGAGUCCCUGGGAAGGCAGGGCCGGCCGGGCCCAAAGGAGACCGAGGGGAAAAGGGCGCAGGCGGAGAGAAAGGAGAGCCGGGGCAGCUUCAUUCCUGUGCCACAGGACCUCGGACCUGUAAGGAGCUGCUCACCAGGGGACACUUUCUGAGCGGCUGGUACACCAUCUACCUGCCCGACUGCCGGCCCCUGACCGUGCUGUGUGACAUGGACGUGGACGGCGGGGGGUGGACCGUUUUCCAGCGAAGGAGCGACGGCUCUGUGGACUUCUACCGGGACUGGGCCGCGUACAAGCAGGGCUUCGGCAGCCAGCUGGGAGAGUUCUGGCUGGGGAAUGAAAACAUCCACGCCCUGACCGCCCAGGGAAGCAGCGAGCUGCGGGUAGACCUCGUGGACUUUGAGGGCAACCACCAAUUUGCCAAGUACCAGUCAUUCAAGAUGGCGGGUGAGGCAGAGAAGUACAAGCUGGUCCUGGGAGCCUUUGUCGGGGGCAGUGCAGGUGAUUCCCUGACGCCCCACAAGGACCAGUUCUUCUCCACCAAAGACCAAGACAACGACAAGAGUUCCUCUAACUGUGCAGUGCAGUUCCAGGGGGCCUGGUGGUACACCAGUUGUCACUCGUCCAACCUGAACGGCCGCUACCUCGGGGGGCCGCACACGAGCUAUGCCAAUGGUGUCAACUGGAGGUCGUGGAGAGGGUACAACUACAGCUACAAGGCAACCACGAUGAAGGUGCGGCUCACCUAGGUGGGCGGGGCCCGCAGCCCGACCCCACGCCUCCCCGGGCCCCCUGCCUGCGGCCUCCCAAAACCCCACUCAGUCCGCAGCGAAGGCCAGCACACAUGCUCCCCCGCCGCCCCUUUGCUGAACAAGACCUGCUUGCCCAGCCCCUUCUCUCUCAUCAAAGGG